AUGCAGCAGGAUAUAGAUGCAGGCCUUUUCGUGGAGCACGCAGAAGUGCAUGGCAACCUCUACGGAACUUCCAUUGAAGCCGUGCAGGCCGUGACACGCCAAGGCAAGGUAUGCCUGCUGGAUAUCGACGUGCAGGGUGCCGAAUCUGUCCGUCGGUCUAAGCUGGCCAGCACAACUUCCUUCGUUUUCUUUGCCCCGCCGACUGCCGAAGUUCUAGAGCAGCGACUGCGCGGCAGAGGCACUGAAACCGAAGAGAGGAUCCAGAAGAGGCUAGGCAACUCCUUGAAGGAGCUUGCGAUCUACGAAGCAAAUCCGGACGCAUGGGACCUGACCCUGAAGUGGUACAACGAGCAAGUGGAGGAUGCGUAUGCCGAGCUCAGAGGCUUCAGCAUCCAGCAGCUGCCGUGA